ACAUUCUUUCCUAAUAGGAUUUCAAGUAGAAGAGGCGAUGCUUUCUUCUCACUAGCACGCAAAAGGAACUACUGCUUCUACCGUGUUGAAAGCUUGCAUCGCCUCCACUCUUCCCUCAAAUUCCUUUAUUCCUUCCUUCUCUCCAAAAAUUACUCAUCUCCUCCUCCUCCUCUUAUUUCUAAUGGCUUCUCUUCCUCUUCAACCUCCAAUGUGGAUUCAAUGGCCUCUGAAGGCGCUUCUUCAGAGAAUCUGGAGUUCACUCCGACGUGGGUCGUCGCCGGCGUUUGCGCUGUCAUCGUCGUCAUCUCUCUCUGUGUUGAGAGAUUCCUUCAUUAUCUUGGAAAGUUUUUAAAACAUAAGCGGCAGGAUGCACUUUUUCAGGCAUUACAGAAGCUAAAAGAAGAGUUGAUGCUCCUUGGCUUUAUUUCCCUGUUAUUAACUGUAUUUCAGAGUUUGAUCAGUGAAGUGUGCAUUGUGAAAAGCGCUACAUCUCAGAUGCUUCCAUGUGAGAAAAAAGGUCUUGCUGGAGUGAUGCAUAAUGAAGGAUUUUUAAUGGGACAUACAUUGAAGACGCGGAAGCUUUUGUCUGAAGGUGAUAGCUCAAAUAUUUGCACAGGUCAGGGCAAGGUUCCAUUGUUGUCCAUUGAAGCAUUACAUCAGCUGCAUAUCUUCAUCUUUGUGCUUGCAGUUGUCCAUGUUGUGUUCUGUGCCACUACUAUGGUUUUAGGAGGAGCCCAGAUUAGAAAAUGGAAGCACUGGGAGAUAGCAAUUCAGAGAGAGAUUUCAAAUUUACCAAGUUUUGAACAUCCGCACCAUCGCCACCACCACCUUGAGUUUGUCUCAGCACGUACAAAAGGGUACUGGAGAAAGUCAGUUGUUGUAAGCUGGAUUAUGUCCUUCUUCAAGCAGUUUCAUGCAUCUAUGACUAAAUCAGAUUACAGAGCACUAAGGUCGGGAUUCAUCAUGAUGCACUGCAAGACAAACCCAAAGUUUGAUUUUCACAAGUACAUGAUGCGUGCUCUUGAAGAUGAUUUUAAGAAAGUAGUUGGCAUUAGCUGGUAUCUAUGGCUGUUUGUUAUCAUCUUCCUUCUACUGGAUGUGCAUGGAUGGCACACAUAUUUCUGGUUAUCAUUCUUGCCUCUAGUUCUUCUACUUGCUGUUGGCGCAAAAUUGGAACACAUUAUUACUCGUAUAGCCCAAGAGAUUGUGGAGAAGCCAGCAGAUGAUCAAUCAGCGCAAAUAAAGCCCUCAGACCAUCGUUUUUGGUUCCGGAGACCUGGCAUCAUUCUCUAUGUAAUCCAUUUCAUAUUGUUUCAGAAUGCAUUUGAGAUAGCCUUCUUCUUCUGGAUCUGGAGCACCUAUGGCUUUAAUUCUUGCAUUAUGGAAAGCGUGGGCUAUCUCAUCCCCAGACUCGUUAUUGGCCUCAUUAUACAAGUCCUGUGCAGCUAUAGCACUCUUCCUUUGUAUGCCAUUGUUACCCAGAUGGGUGACUCCUACAAACAAGCAAUAUUCGCGCAACACAUGCAAGAGACACUUCAUGGUUGGGCCGAGAGUGUAAGAAAACGAAAAAGAUCCGGUAUUUCCUCACUUCUCGGUAUAAUUGGUCUAGGCGAAAAGCAGCAGAGAACUUCGAAUGAACAAACACAGAUGCAGAGGAUGACUGUUGAAUCAUCUAGAAGUUCGAGCAGUGCUCAACAACCUGAAGUCUCUGAUGGAAUCAUGAUCUCUGCAAGUGAGGAAAGAGAUGAAACGCUUAGUUCAGAUGACCUAGUAGAUCAUCAAUGAUGGAGUAAUUGUAUUUAUAUAGAGUUAGAUACUGAUGAUGCUAACAUCGCAUUUGCUUUAUCAAUCCUGUAACUAUUAAGUAUUAACCUUAUAGUUGUUACUGAUAUAAAAAUCAUGGGAACUUUCUCACUGAUUCCAUGUUCAUUU